AUGGCGGAUCGUCCCGUCCCCUUCAUCCAGGUCGACCCAAAGACGAACAAGCUGGUCGUCGACCCCAAGGGCAAGCAGGUCCUCGAGUCGAUCCGCGGCAGCGUCGGCGUCUGCUCCGUGGCGGGCGUCUACCGCACCGGCAAGAGCUACAUCCUCAAUCAGCUGGCCGGCCGCGACUCGGGCUUCGGCGUCGGCUCCUCGGUGCAGGCGUGCACCAAGGGCAUCUGGCUGUGGGGCGCGCCCAUCGAGCGGCGCGGCUCCUCGGCCGCGGCCGCCGGCGCGCCCGACUAUGUGCUGCUGCUCGACACCGAGGGGCUGCAGUCGCUCUGCCAGACGGAGGGGCACGACGCCAAGAUCUUCUGCCUGGCGAUCCUGCUCUCCUCCUUCUUCCUCUACAACUCGGAGAAGGCCAUCAACUCGGCCGCCAUCGACCAGCUCUCCCUCGUCGCGCAGCUCACCAAGAAGAUCCGCGUGCACGCGGCCGGCAACGGCGGCGGCGGCUCGGACGCGGCGGAGCUGGCCGAGGUGAUGCCGUCCUUCCUGUGGCUGCUGCGCGACUUCCAGCUCGAGCUCGAGGACGAGCAGGGGCGCCCCAUCUCCCCUGACGCCUACCUCGAGCAGUCGCUCCGCGCGCAGCCCGGCAGCUCCGCCGCCGUCCAGGAGCAAAACGGCACGCGGGCGGCGAUCCGCGACCUCUUCCCGCGCCGCUCGUGCGUCACGCUGCGGCACCCGACGCUGGGGACCAAGCUGCCCGACUCUGCGCUCAAGCAGCUGCCCGCCAUCGACAAGCUCCACCCCGCCUUUCGCGACGGCGUCAUCGACCUCAAGCAGCGCGUCUUUGGCGAGAUCCGCGCUAAGGCGGUCGGCGGCGCGGCGGCGACGGGGCCGAUGCUGCUCGGGCUGGCGGAGGCGUUCGUGCGCGCGGUCAACGAGGGCGCGGUGCCCACCAUCUCGACCGCGUGGCAGGCCGUGCUCACCAUCGAGUGCCAAAAGGCGCUCGACCAGGCCGCCGCAAUCUUCCGCGCCAAGCUGAGCGGCGCGGCCGAGGCGGAGCCGGUGGCGGGCGAGGCGGAGUGGGCGGCGGCGGUGGCGGCGGCGCGCGACGAGGCGCUCAAGCGGUUCCAGAGCGUCUCGGUCGGCGAGGGCCGCGCCGCCUUCGAGGAGAAGCUCGAGGCGGCCAUGCGGGACGAGCAGGCGCGGGCCGAGCAGGUUCGGGCAGCCAAGUCGGAGGCGGCUGGCCUCAAGCAGCUCGUGGCGUCGGUGCGCGGCGCUGUCGAGGCGACCCUCGAGCGAGCGCGCCGCGAUGCGGAGGAGAGGGCGAAGGAGGAUUUGCGGCGGGCGAGCGCGGAGCACGCGAUGGCGCUGCAGGCGGCCAAGGCCGAGACCGCCGCCGCCGCCGCCGCCGCCGCCGCCGCGGAGAGGCGCGCCAAGGCGGCCGAGGCGAGCCUUGCGGCGACGCAGGCGGAGCUGUCCUCGGCGAGGGCGGAUGCGUCGGGCGAGGUUGCUGGGCUCAGGGAGAAGCUCAGCGCGGCCGAGGCGAAGCUCAAGGAGGCGGCGGCGAGCUUGGCGGCCGAGAGGGAGGCGAGCGCCGCGGCGGGCCGGGAGCGGGGCCAGGCGCAGGGCGAGCUGCGCGCGAGCCGUUCGGCGCUCGAGAAUGCAAAGGAAGACUUGGCGCGCGAGAAGAAGAUGAAGGAGGUGGAGACGAAGCGGCUGGCGGACAAGGUGGAGGAUCUCAAGGAGCGGCUCGCGGCGGCGGAGGCGGUCAACGCCGCCGCCCCGCCCCCGCAGCCAGACGACGACGAGGCGACCGCGCCCGGCAAGCGGCACCGGUCCGGCUCCGCGGUCCGCACUCCCUCCCUCGACCCGGUGGCCGAGGCGGCCGAGGCGGCUGACCCUGCGCUCGCCUCGUCGAGCGGGACGAACCGCCGCUCGUCCGUCAUCCCGGCCUCCCAGCUCGCGGUGCCGGUGCUCCAGUCCAAGCUGAAACAAAAGCUCGGCUCGGGCGCAAAGCUCCCAAAGAAGAAGCAGGAGCUGAUCAACCUCGCCAUGCAGCAUGGCAUCUCCGGCUGAGCCGAGGCGUCGAGGGGGCGACACAGCGAAGCGGCGCGCGCGCAUUGCCACUGGUGACGUGUUGUCAGGGUGGAUGCGCGGUGCGAACCUGCGGGCGGGGGGAGGAAGUCCGAGAAGCGAGAGGCCGAGAGCGGCGGAGUCCAGAGGCGGGAGACGCGGGGCAAAGGAUGUUGCAGAAACUCUGGGGUCGGCUGUGUGUGCCAGACGACGGCUAUUUUGUUCGGGGCGCUGGGGGGGUCCCUGAGACCCUGGGUGCGCGGCCGGGGGCCGGGGGGCGGCGCCGCGGGGCCGUGACAGCCCUGUGGCGGUCACGUGGGCUCUCUGACCUCGGUGUGCGGACAACACGACAGUGGAGAGGUUUGGACUGUUUCUUGAGGUAAUUUGGCAAGGU